CUCCCCCAUCCUCCCCUCCCCUAAUGGAACCUCUAGGCAACGUUUUGGUCCAAAAUGGCGGCCAGCUUUGCGUUAUUUUGUAGACAAUGUUUUUAUCAAUCGCCUCGUCUUUAUACACGGAGAAUCACAACAAACCGAUACUAUUAUAACAGGAGUCUUCGUUCGGGUAGUGUAAGAUUGCUCAGUUCUGUUUGUACGAAAGAAUGCUGUUGUUCGCGACCGCGAACAUGUUGGAAGUGCCACAGUAAUCUGUUCGGACAUGCUGACUUCUUUUGCCCAUCGUGCGAUGUCAUUCAGCCUCCCGAAGGAGACGCCAACUAUUUUGAGAUUAUGGACAGACCAGAAGGUUUCAGAAUUGAUACAGAAGUAUUAACCAAGGAUUACAGAGAUCUACAAAUGAAGCUUCAUCCAGACAGAUUUAGUUUGCAAGCAGAGGAGGAGCAAAACUUUUCUGCCCUUCAAUCAUCAGUUGUUAAUCAAGCUUAUAGAACUCUACUGAAACCUUUAAGUCGUGGUCUCUAUUUGUUAAAAAUCCAUGGGGAAAGCAUAGAAGAAGGUGAUAUAUCUUCGUGUAAUGCUAAAUUUCUGAUGGAGAUUAUGGAAAUUAAUGAGAAAAUAGAGGAUGCAUCAAAUGGCAAGAACAUCCAAGUUAUAGAAGAUGAAAAUAAUGCUAAGAUACAAAGGUGUACUCAUGAUGUGGCUGAAGCAUUUGAAGAAGGCAACAUAAUGGCUGCUAAGGAGCAUCUCUGUAAAUUGAAAUAUUAUACAAAUAUAAGUAACCAGAUAAAGGACAGAAAAGCAUCACUAUCACUUUCUGGAGAUCACUAAAUCAAACUUACCAAUCCCAAUGUGUUCCUUUAUAUGGAAAAUUAAAUCCUGUAAUGUAAAUAAUUCAUACAUCCCAUAAACCCUUAGGUAGACAUUUUUAAAGUUUUUACUAAGAUAUAAGUUAUUCAGAAAUGGUUAUUGUUACAGCACUUUUGAUAGACCAUCAGAUACAAUGUAGAAGCUGCUAGAAUAAAAUAGGCAAAUGCUGCAUUAACUAAACAAUUUUGCAUAGGAGAAUCCUAUAUUUCUUUAAUUUGAAGAUGUUCUUCAUGCAUACUCUUGGUUCCAGUCUCCACAUCGCCUUAGGUCCCAGAGGAUGGUAGCACAUAAGUAACUAACAUAUGAAGAAAACGUUGUCGUUUUAGGGGUCUGGUACCGAGCAAUUUUAGUUGCUUUUCAGAGGCUUUCUCCAUCGACUAAAGAUGGUCACAGUUACUGUUUUUCUCUUUUGAAUACAAUUCAUAAAGUUUGGGAAGAACCUGCGGUACGACAGCCUUAAAAAUGACAAGAAUCAUGCAGGUUUUCCAAAUAAGGAAUAUAUUAAUUUCCGUAUAUGGAAUUGACCGCGUCUGGGGAAAACGACAAGUUUUGGCUUAAUUUUCUUGAUAUGAUCUAUCAUUUGCAUUGCUCCAUGGGGAUGACAAAUUUAGAAAUGAAACAUGGAUAACAAGAUAGAUGUGUCAUGACUUUAUUUUAUAACUUGAAAGUUAAUAAAGAAUGGUUCAAUAAA